CAAGUUUCUCAAAAGACACAUUCACACGUUAUAUAUAAGCACAAAGCAAGUACAUUGUGGUCACUGUGAACUGAAAGAAACAAAAAUGGAGUGUAACAGAAUCCAGUUAGUGGCAAUAUUGUCAUUCAUUUUUUUGGUUCAAAGCAUUCAAGGGUGGGGAGAAGAAGGACAUGCCAUUACUUGUAAGAUAGCUCAGGCUCGUCUGACCGAUGCAGCUGCAGAUGCUGUGAAACAAUUGCUGCCUGCUUAUGCCAAUAAUGAUCUGUCAAGUGUUUGUACAUGGGCUGAUCGUGUCAAGUUUGCUCUUCGUUGGACGUCUGCUUUGCACUAUGCUGACACUCCUCCUAAGCUUUGCAAUUUCCAAUAUGCCAGGGAUUGCAAGGAUUUGAAUGGCGUGAAAGAUAGAUGUGUUGUUGGAGCAAUUAACAAUUACACCACUCAGCUUCUCGACUAUGGCAAAGACACUCAACAUAAUCUUACACAAGCACUUCUUUUCCUUGCUCAUUAUAUGGGAGAUGUUCAUCAGCCUCUACAUACUGGUUUUACCACAGACAAGGGAGGAAAUACAAUUGAUGUUCAUUGGUACACAAGGAAACAAAAUCUUCACCAUGUUUGGGAUGCUAACAUUAUUGAAACAGCAGAAGAAAGAUUCUAUGACAAUAACAUUGAAGAAUACUUCAAGGACAUUCAAAAAAAUAUCACUAAAACAUGGUCAGAUGAAGUAGCAGAUUGGGAAGCAUGCAGUUCUGAUGAGACGACAUGUCCAAAUGUUUAUGCAUCUGAAGGUGUUAAGGAUGCUUGUCAAUACGCAUAUAAAGACGCCCCUGAAGAUGCUACACUAGAAGAUGAUUACUUCCUAUCACGUUUGCCUAUCAUCAGUUUGCGAUUAGCUCAAGGAGGAGUUCGAUUGGCGGCAACCCUCAAUCGUAUUUUUGGGUGAUGCAAUGCAACAGCAUUAUCUAUUGUAAUCUUUUGAAUUAUGAAAUAGUGUUUGUGGUUGGUUUGAAUUAUGGUAUUAUUAAAAGAGAAUAAAGUUUCUGUAUAAUGUUGUAAUUUACCAACUUAAUGUCAUUAAUAACAUUAUUUGUUCAAUGUUAUUUCAA